AUGUCUUUCAACUAUGUUCCCAGCCCGGGUGCUGAGCAGGACGCGCACUGGACCACGGUGUUUCUGUCCUCCCGGGAUGCAGGAGCACGCGUGCCAAUUGACUUCAUAACACGUCCUGGAGUCUAUCUUACGCAAGCAUGCUUUCCUCAUGGCAUAUACGAUGAUAUCCCGGCGCAAACAUGUAUCUCCGACCUCCUAGCAAGUCAGUUUGGCCGCGUCGUCAUCGAUCUGUACUGGGAUAAUAUCAACCGUCAGUUUAACCUAUGCCCUGUCGAACUGCCUCCUCUUGCCGGCAAUUCAACUGCGGGCUACAGUGUGGACAUAUCAGAACUGUCGUCCAUAACAGCUACGACAAGUUCUUCCAUUCUUGCCUCUGUAGGCCCCGCGACGGCUGUCGAUGUCCAAUCAGUUGAAAAGCGUCAGUCAACAGCCAACAAUGUUACGAGUACAUCUCCUGUCACCAGCUCGCCAAUUAGCAGCACGGCAACAAGUGCGGCACCAGUUCCGACCACAACUGGUGUGUCCGGCACUGAAUUACUCGUGCUGGGACCUUACAAAUGCAGUCUAGAUCUGAACCUGGAGUCAAUCAUGGACUUGUAUGGUGAUUACUUCGAUAAGACUUCGAAUACGGUCUCGGCCCAUAUACACUAUUUGACGAUUAAUUUGCACGCAGCCUCGCCUUUCACUGCCCCUUCCGAGCCUGCUGAGACUCCCAUGCAGGGGAGGCUGCCUCACGGCGAAAAUCUUAUUGGUGCCCAAUUCCAGGACACUCUCCCCCUGGCUCUUUACACCCCUGAGCAACUCCGAAAUGACCGCCAAAACCUGAACAGAUCGUGGUUCCGCGACGACUUCGGUAUGCACACAGACAUCAACUAUUUUACAACGACCAAUCAGACAGGCGACGGCACCAGUACGCAGAACGGUUGGCCCGGUGAAGAAUGGAUCCUUCUCACAUCCCAUCGGCGCCUCCUCCUGAAUUGGGGUGAAAUUGACCCCCAAAUGCAGGCAUACGAUUUUCAAGGUGAUUCAGACAACGUCUUCGAAAACGGAUAUCUCGACUCCAAGCAGGCGGUGUCGGUAAAUAACGCCGGUGAUGUUGUUUCUGGCUGCUUCUACCACCCAAACGAUACCAGUAUUGGUGAGGUCAACUCCUCCUGGGCCUUUGCGGUAGCGAAUGAUGUUAGCUCCUCUGACCUGCAACACCUGGCCCAGAAUCUCACUGCUUGUGGUAUAUCUCCAAUUUUGAACACCACUCUGGGAAUGUCAGCUGCUCAAUACAAUCUCGACCCUUGGAAAAAGUUCGCCCAGUCGACUGUCUUCGGUUGGGCUCUGGGUGAGCCGAGGAAUGCGUCCCAAAUCAAAGCCAAUGACAAAAGGAGCACUGAUCCCGGUGUUGAUUAUGCUUGUGCCGUGAUCGAUUCUACCAGUGGAUACUUGGGCCGCUGGCGGGUUGAGCAGUGCCAAAAGCAACACCGUGCGGCAUGCCGAAUUGCUCAUGAGCCAUACGCUUGGCGCUUGUCAACGAUGGAAGUACCGUUUGAAUCCGCUCCCGAUGCAUGUCCGGACUCAACAACCUUCUCUUUGCCACGAACUGGGUUGGAGAACACUUAUCUUUAUCGCAAGAUCGUGAAUGAUACGCGCUCUGGCAACGACGAUUCGAUCUUGAGCGGAGUCUGGAUAGACUUCAAUUCACUGGAUCAGGCCGACUGUUGGGUGAUCGGAGGUUCUAACGCGUCAUGCCCUUAUUCCGGUCCUGAAAAUUCAGAAGACCAAAGGCAGGUGCUCAUUCCAGCAAUCGCAGCAUUGAUUGUCCUCAUCCUGACCGUGUUGACAUUGUUGGUCAAAUGUAAUGAAAACAGGAGAAACAGCAGAACUCGCAGAAGAGGUGACGAUGGAUGGGAGUACGAAGGGGUUCCCUCAUAA